AUGGAUUCUCCUGUCAUUUUCACUUGUAACUCAUGUAUGAUUCAAUUCAAAUCAAGUGAACUGCAACGUUACCAUAUGAAAACGGAGUGGCAUAGGUACAAUUUAAAACGAAGGAUUACAGCAUUGCCACCAAUAAGCUCAGAUGUGUUUUUGCAAAAGCUACAAGUAUCUCAAAGAGAACAGGAGCUACAUCAAGUAGAUGAGUUUGGUUUCCCUGUUUUAAAGCCAAUCGACAACUCUGCGGGUAAUGAAAACAAGAAUGCAAGGAAAUACAGGGGGCGGUGUAAGGACACUGUUACAAAUAAAUCCAAAAGGUCUGCUUCUCCAGCCAGCUCGAUUACUUCAAGGGUUUCAAAAAUAUCUGUACGUAGUACAGAUUAUGAUGAAGCCAGCGCGUCCGAAUACGGGUUUACUACUGAGGACUCACAUUAUGAAUCGGAUUCUGUUAGCUCAUCAGAUUUCAACGGCAAAGAUGAACAAAUGGUUCGAGUUAGCGAUUGUAUUUUUUGUGAUGUUCAAUAUGAAGAUGUUGAUAGAAACUUGCGACAUAUGCUCCAAUUUCAUGGGCUCUACAUACCUGAAAGGUCGUAUUUGGUGGAUUUACCUGGAUUGCUACACUAUUUACUUGAAAUCAUCGUCGUAAACAUGCAAUGCUUGUGCUGCAGUUUCCAGGGUGUUGGUAUUGAGAGUAUUAGGACACACAUGGCAGCGAAGGGUCACUGUAGAAUACCUUAUGAAUCAAAAGAAGAACGGUCGAAGAUUGCUUCUUUUUAUGAUUUCAGCCUUGCCAGUGCCGAAACCACAACCCCUAAGUCUUGCAACACUGAAAAGAAAAUCAGUUUCAAGGAUUCUGCCGAAUAUAUACCAAUAGAAACAGAAGAGAAUAGUAUUUCCAAAGAGUUAAAUGCAAAUAACGGUGAAGACAUUAAUACAAAUAUUUCCGUAGUUCAAGUGGACAGUUCAGGUGUUGAAUUGAUGCUACCGACAGGCACAAAAAUAGGGCACCGCUGUAUGCAAAGGUAUUACAGGCAAAAUGUGCUACAUCCUGCCCAAGAAUCGGAUGGUGUGCGCACUGUAGCAAUAUCACAUUCAAGAUCUGUACCUGGAGUCACAGAAAAGGAGUUUAAAAGGAAUAAUAAGCAAAUGAAAAAGUUGGAACGACUAGAUCAUACAAAAGAAGAACAUAAACAUCUUAAGAGGGCAAAUUUUCAAAAAUAUCAUAGAGAUGAACUACUUCAGUAA